AUGCGAGCUGCAAGACACCCAACCUACAAUGGCGAUGCACUCGUGUUCGCAACCUCGUUUCCUCUCUUGAUCUCGACUUGUCACUUCAACGGCACCCACUUAGCAUUAGCCAGUCGCUGCCAUGCCUGGAUCUGGAAGCAGCAAUAUAGCAGAACGUCCGUGGAGUCCUUCAUGUCCUUUGAUAUAGACCAAGGGGGUGCGACGAAGCUGGUUGGCCGCUCCAGUGACACAAAGGUCGAAACCUCGCUCUCCUCAGGUGACAACCAGGGGGUUGAUGUGACAGCUGUCGUUUAUCUGUUGUACAGAGGAUGGCCUGUGCAAACCCAUGGCUAG